AUGUGCACAAACUUCAUUGACCCCGAGGCCAUCUUAUAUGGAAACGACCAGUGGACACAGUUAGAAGAAAAAUGGGGAGAACCAGUCGAUUUGGAGACCGAUGAUGAUCCCCCAUCAGGGCUGCGACCAGUUUUUAGCACGUUGGAUUUAAUGAAGACUACAUUCGACUCCGAGUGUCUUCUCAAAAAAGUCAGAAGGAAAGUUGGACGAAGACUAUCGAAGAAUGGAGUAUUAGACUAUAAAGAUUUUUUAAAAGACUUGAAAAGUACCAGUCCUCCAAAGGCUUUUUACUGCGUCAAUGGACAAAUACUCUCUGCGUUGUCGGUAGAACAAAUUUGUGAUAAAAUUGAUGACAUAUUCAAAUCAGUGGAGAAACUGUGUUCAGCUACAAGCACAAUACGCAAGAAAGGAAUCCCUGAUGUGGUAGGCUGCAGCAUUUCUGUCGGCGAUCUUUCGUUUGAUGACACACCUUCACAGGAUCAGACGGAUGAAGAAGAAAAUGUUGAGGAGUACAUCGAUGAAGCAUUUGAGCAUUUUGAAGACUUGUCAAAGAUGUCGAUCGAUGAUGAUGUGACGAGGGAAUCGGUGACUACCCUGGUGAGGAAGUUCAGUUCUAUACUGUCCAGUUCAACGGUGAAUUGUAACCCUAGACGGCAAAGUGAGCGUAGUACCAAGUUCAAGGAAUUAGCUGAGUUUUGGCAGAAUCAAGCAUUCAAUGAAACGGUCAAUAAAUAA